ACACACAUUCGUUCGUCAGUCUCUCUGCAAACUCGGAGCAAGCCGUACCGUAUUUUUAUUCCGUCGGAAUAACUCACUUAACUUAUCAACAUGUGUGACGACGAAGUAGCCGCUCUGGUCGUGGACAAUGGUUCCGGUAUGUGCAAGGCCGGUUUCGCCGGCGACGACGCGCCGAGAGCCGUGUUCCCCUCCAUCGUCGGCAGGCCCAGACAUCAGGGUGUGAUGGUCGGUAUGGGACAGAAGGACAGCUACGUGGGAGAUGAAGCCCAGAGCAAGAGAGGUAUCCUCACCCUCAAGUACCCCAUUGAGCACGGUAUCGUCACCAACUGGGACGAUAUGGAGAAGAUCUGGCACCACACCUUCUACAACGAGCUCCGUGUGGCCCCCGAGGAACACCCCGUCCUCCUGACCGAGGCCCCACUGAAUCCCAAGGCCAACAGGGAAAAGAUGACUCAGAUCAUGUUCGAGACCUUCAACGCCCCGGCCAUGUACGUUGCCAUCCAGGCCGUGCUCUCCCUGUACGCUUCCGGACGUACCACCGGUAUCGUGCUCGACUCCGGAGACGGUGUCACCCACACUGUCCCCAUCUACGAAGGUUACGCUCUUCCCCACGCCAUCCUGCGUCUCGACUUGGCCGGCAGAGAUCUUACUGACUACCUGAUGAAGAUCCUCACUGAGCGUGGUUACUCGUUCACAACCACCGCCGAGCGUGAAAUCGUCCGUGACAUCAAGGAGAAGCUCUGCUACGUCGCCCUGGACUUCGAGCAGGAAAUGGCCACCGCCGCUUCCUCCUCCUCCCUCGAGAAGAGCUACGAGCUUCCCGACGGUCAGGUCAUCACCAUCGGUAACGAGCGUUUCCGUUGCCCAGAGUCUCUGUUCCAGCCUUCCUUCCUGGGUAUGGAGUCUGCUGGUAUCCAUGAAACCACAUACAACAGCAUCAUGAAGUGCGACGUCGACACGGCCAUGUACGUUGCCAUCCAGGCCGUGCUCUCCCUGUACGCUUCCGGACGUACCACCGGUAUCGUGCUCGACUCCGGAGACGGUGUCACCCACACUGUCCCCAUCUACGAAGGUUACGCUCUUCCCCACGCCAUCCUGCGUCUCGACUUGGCCGGCAGAGAUCUUACUGACUACCUGAUGAAGAUCCUCACUGAGCGUGGUUACUCGUUCACAACCACCGCCGAGCGUGAAAUUGUCCGUGACAUCAAGGAGAAGCUCUGCUACGUCGCCCUGGACUUCGAGCAGGAAAUGGCCACCGCCGCUUCCUCCUCCUCCCUCGAGAAGAGCUACGAGCUUCCCGACGGUCAGGUCAUCACCAUCGGUAACGAGCGUUUCCGUUGCCCUGAAUCAAUGUUCCAGCCUUCCUUCCUGGGUAUGGAGUCUGCUGGUAUUCAUGAAACCACAUACAACAGCAUCAUGAAGUGCGACGUCGACAUCCGUAAGGAUCUGUACGCCAACACCGUCCUGUCCGGAGGCACCACCAUGUUCCCAGGUAUUGCAGACAGGAUGCAGAAGGAAAUCACCGCCCUGGCUCCAUCCACCAUGAAGAUCAAGAUCAUUGCUCCCCCUGAGAGGAAAUACUCCGUCUGGAUUGGUGGCUCCAUUCUGGCCUCCCUGUCCACCUUCCAGCAGAUGUGGAUCAGCAAGCAGGAAUACGACGAGUCUGGACCCUCCAUUGUGCACAGGAAAUGCUUCUAAACUAUUCAUAGAACUAGACACUUUAAUCAAUUUAACUUUUUACAAUGUGACACUUUGCAGACAAACUUAUUUAAACUUUUGCAACAUUCUAAUGUUACAUUUUACAUAACUUGUGAUAUUAUUUAUAUUACUAUAAUAUAAUUUAUUAAUUUUAAUUGACACAGCUCCUGUGAAGAAAUAAAUAUUAUUGCAAAAAC